AUGAAAAAUGUCCGUUAUUUUAACUUGAUUUUAUUUUCAAACAUUUUUAAAGUUUUUAAUUAUAAUAAGCAUGUUUUCUCGUUUGACUCUGUAAUUAACACAACGUGAAGUAAGCAUGGAUUCUUCAUUUGUAUUGCUAAGCUCAAUGUCUCCAAUAAUCAACAAAACAACCAGAAAUGUACAUGUUUCCACUCCUAGAUUAUUGGCAUUAAGAAGAAACAUUCGAAGAUCAUCACAUAUUGACAACUUACGAAAAUCACUGCCGUUUGCCGAUACUGUGAUAUCCAUCGAAAGCAGUACCACAGAGACUGUCAGUAGUGGACACUCGAAGCCCAAUUUUAUAAAUUCUAGUCCCAUAGUUAUAUCGGAUUCGGAGGCCGAGAAGGAUGUCAUUGAAAGGAAGUCCAACGAAAGGGUUACUUUUGAUAAAACAAAAUUUUUAACGAUUAGCGAUUGGGUUAGAGAUGUUAAUUCGCAAAAUCACAUCACUCCAAAUGACGCAGCCACAACAUGUGGUUCAUUUAACUUUAACAAGGUUUUGCAUAGCUUGCCCAAUCCUGAUAGCUUUAAAGAUCGACACAAUACUAAGUCCGACUGUCUUAGUAUCUCGUCUAGAUCUCAAAUAUCGGAUAGUUCAAACGAAUUUCAGACGAAAUUAUUAGAUGAGCUAUACAGUGAUACGUGGCGAAAUUUAAAAAGUGACGUUCUGCCUAAGUCUGCACCAAAUAGUACAAAGAAAAGUAGUACAAAAACAAAUCCCAAAGUAAGGGACCACAACCAAGUUUUAAUUUCUCCGUGGACUAAGUUUGUUCGAGACGUACACGAUUCAGAUAGCUCAGAGGAUAAAGAAGAGACGCGCAGAAGUGGUAAUGCUGGAAGUAGUAAAAGGUCCAAUAUUUCAAAGGGCAGUAACCGACGGGCCGAACAGAGUGUAGGAAACAAUCAAUCACCAAAUGGAUUCAAAACACCUCGAAAUACUAAGCCUGUAUGUCGUAGCACAUCAUCACAAUCGCAUAGUUCUACUGAAUUUUAUUGCGGUAUUAUACCAAAGUCUCUGCCGAAUAGUAGAGGGGUGGAUCUGUAAGUUUUACCGUGUACC